UGCUGACUCGCUUUUUGACAGAGGAAGGAAGAGGAAUCAAGCCAGCCGAUAGCCUUCCAUAGUAUUUGAUAUCGUUAAUAAAAUCUGCCUAGUGUCUGUGGCGUUUUAAAACAAGGAAUCAUGUCGAAGAACACUGUGUCCGAUCGUUUCAGGAAAGUAGAUGUGGACGAAUACGACGAGAACAAGUUUGUAGACGAAGAGGAUGGGGGCGAGAACCAACUCGGUCCAGAUGAGGCAGAAGUUGACUCCCUUAUCAGGCAGGGGAACCUGAUGGAUGCUCUGCAAGCUGUCCUAAAGAACCCUCCAAUCAACACAAAGAACCAGAACGUCAAGGACCGUGCCGAGGGCUUGGUGCUCAAGGUGCUCAGCUCCUUUAAGAGCAGCGACAUCGAGAAGGCGGUGCAGUCGCUGGACAAGACCUCGGUGGACCUGCUCAUGAAGUACAUCUACAAGGGCUUCGAGAAACCCUCGGAGAACAGCAGCGCCGUGCUGCUCCAGUGGCACGAGAAGGCUCUCUCAGCCGGAGGGGUUGGCUGCAUAGUGAGGGUUCUGACAGCCAGGAAGACAGUUUAAGCAGCUGGCGGGUAGCUCUCGGUCAGACACACACACACACACACAUACACACACACACACACACAUACAUACAUGCACACACACACACACACACACACACACAGGAGUAUGAGCUGGUACUUUAACACGGUCCUGUGGUGAAAUGCCCUUUCCUCAUAUCUAUUCUUUCUCUCUUUAGUUUCCAAGCUAUUUAACAGAGCUUUACACACACACACACACACACACACACACACACACACACAGAAAAACAUGCUUCAUUGAGCUUUCAGGCCAUCUGUGUUCUACUUACACCCGUACACACACAAACUCAAACAGCAGUGCCAUCACUUUAGUUAAAGUUAGUUUUUUAGCUUCGCUUCUCUCAGGAAAGCCUCCCGGCUUGUCACCUUAAGAACACACCUAGCAGUUUUUUUUUUUUUUUUUUUUUUUUUUUACUACACCAUAUUUUAAACACAUCAGUGGAGUUGGACUUUGGACUCUGCUUCCUCCACCCCCACUGCACCCUAGUCCAUGUGGUUCCGAUUCUGGAGGGAUUGUGGACCAGAUUGGCGGUGCACUGAGUGGACUGGAUCGGACCCCACACUCCCGGCACGUCCAUGCCAGUCCACUGGCCUCAGUGUGGUCCGCUGCGCCGCUAAGGACUAGUCAUCACCUCAUAACAUUGUGCACUCAGACAGAGAUGCCUUUGAGAAGGGACUCGGCCAGACAUCUGGGACUUUGCUGUCAGUGGGACUUACCCCCCCCCACCACCACCACCACUGUCCUCCUUUGCUGUCAGUGGGACCUACUUACCCCCCCACUACCCUCCUUUACCUUUUCCAACCCAGCCUGAGUGUGACUGAUGCAUUGUGCAAACCAACAGUUGUUGCGGACUCUCUUAGGACAAUAUAGUUGUUAUGUCUGUUGUUAUGUCUCUCUCUCUCUCUGUUAGUGUGGUUGUUUUGUCUGCGUGCCGGCAGAUGGGACACAUCUGCUCUCUAACCAGUGAACCACCUCUACGUGACCUCAGAGACAGUGCUCACUGUACAGCAGAGAAAAGAACAUCAGUCUGAACUCACAACGGUGCUUCAAGGAUUUAGCCUGUUUGGUUUACAUUCCAUGCGUCUGUAGAAGUGCACAGUCGGGGAAGUGUGGCGGGGGGGGGGGGGUAGUUGACGGAGCGGAGACUAGCCAGACAGGGAUUGAGAUUGGGAGACAGAAGGGGUAGGGUUAGGUUGACAGUGUAUAUGAGCUGCUCUUCGGGAUUAGGAUUAAUAUCCACGAAGCUGCGUGCUCUCUUCUCACCACCGCCUCGCUUAAUCCCGGCUCCCAUCAUGCAAUAGGGCAUUAGCUACCUUGCUUAGAACUCAUGAUCUCCCAGACAUUAAUCUUAAUGCACAGCAUUCACCUGCACACGUGCGACACAGAGAGCAUGUAAGGAAUUACGAACAAACUUUUGUAUUAUUGUUAGUUUGCAUUUUGUUUUUUGUAAUGUCACAUUGAUCGAGUGGCCUGGGCAACAGCUCUGUACUCAGCUGGUUGUCGUUCUGGAAGAUUCCAGGUGUUUCGACAUCACAUCCCGUCAAGAGUGUGUUGCCCUAAUCCCUCUGUGUCCUAAUGGUGUGACGGAUUUGAGCAGUGAUGGACAUUAACUGUGUGUGUGUGUGUGGUGUGUGUGUGUGUGUGUGAGUGGGAGUGCUUGAUUCACUUUGCUCCGGCACUUAAUGCCGAGUUGUGCAAUGGAUUCCACUUGUCUCUUUUCUGUCUGUUGUUUCGUGUCUCACUGCAGACCCAGGAGUGUCAGUGUUUAGCCAUGUCCAAUGGUUAUACAAUUGGGGACCACAUGUCUAUAUGCCAUUGUUUUUUUUUUUUUUUUGGAAAGGACCAUCAUGUUAUGUUUUACUGUCCUGCAACCUUUCCAUUUGCACCCAACAGCCAUUGCCGGCAAAAUGUCAUGAUCACGUGACCAAAUGCAGAAGAAGUAAAAAAAAAAAAGAACCAACCAACCAAUCACAAUGUACCAAACUGGUGUAAAGAUUGCCUUACGUAAUAUUCCUUUUUUAUGUUUGUGCUUUUUGGUGAAAUUAAAAGAUUUAUAAAUAUG